AUGGAAGACACUGAAUAUUCGCCAGGGCUUGGACAUCUGUUCCCACCAAAUGGGCGGGACAAAUGGAGCGAUACUCGGCGGUUGGUAUGUCGGCAGCGAAUAAUGCACUUGCCGUUGACCGGUGUUGUUCUCCGGAAACUGAAGUGCUUCUCAAUGAUUCUAGUCCUGUGCACGAUGUCAGCGGUCCGUUGUCGGCCGAUCAGUAGUGAUUCGAGCUCUGACACCGAACCAUUGUCCGUCGCCGAUGGUUACAUCCACUUCUCGGUUGCAAAUGACUCGCGAUUCCGUGAGAUAUCUAGAAAGGCGUUCGAAUCACUGAUCAUCACUAAUCCAAAGCAGGAGUUCUCUUCUUCACACGAGAUCAUAUUCCGACCAAAUGGUGAUAACAAUGACGAGAAACAGGAGAAGAAAAAUCGCAAUCCAGGGCGGCGAAAACCGUUAAUUGAUGGUCGAAACCAUGCUCUGAUCACCCUCAACGAUCCACAUAUGCGCCCAGUACAAAGGUGUGAAGGGGCGAAAUUCAAACAACGGGUGAAAGCUCCAGGUUGUCUAACCAAAGUCAUUGUAAAUAGGUUCUGCCACGGCAUUUGUUCGUCCUACUUCAUACCGCGGAUAAACAGCAAAAAGCUCAAAGCAGUGUUCAAGUCCUGCGCAGCUUGUGCACCGAAGGAAUACGACCGUUUCGAUGUCACUUUGGAUUGUCCAGGACAGAACCCGCCACAGGUCACCAAGUCUAUCAUUAAGCUCCCUGCUGUUGUUGCUGCUGUUGCUGCUGAUGCUGCUGAUGCUAAGGCUGCUGCUGCUGACAGCAGCAGUACUGCGACCACAGAACGUCGCCCAGCCGAUUAUUUUUGGAUUGCUCGUUCUACUACGACACUCUUCAUCGGUUUCUUGGUCAUUCUCGCUUUUCUCCUCGACUACACCGAUUAUAAGAAGUACAAGGUGUAA